AUGCGUUCCAACACCAUUCUUACCGGUCUCACUGCCCUGGCUUCCUUCACUACAGCCGCCGUACUCCGCCCCCGCGCCGGCUCCGACCCAGGCGUAGAUCUAAGCAAUGCCUCAGACAAAGAGGCGACCUAUUUCUUCUGUAAUAACGUUGCCAACGGUGACGGCACUGCAGACCCCGGCAUCCCAUGUACAAAUAUGGUAACAAAGGUGACCGUGCAGCCCUCCCAAACGGCGUCGGUGUCACUGGGUGCAGAUUUCAAAGGCCGCAUCGUCCGCGCGACGGACAUGCCGGCGACGUGGGUCGAGGUGCAGAUCAAGGCCACCGACGGCAACGCGUGGGGCGAUGUCAGCUUGCAGACGGGGUGUGACGGCGCGGCGACGGUAGCGCCGACUGACGGGGACGGCAGCUCUGAGGUUGGUUUCGACAAAAGGGACGUCGUCAGCGGUGCGCCCGACGGUGCGAAGACGACGCGCGAGAGUGACGGGGCCACUGUCAUUGCUACGCCUUGGAGCGUGGGCAAGAUAUUUAAUCAGGACGCUGUGGAUUAUCUGAAGGACAAGGUCGGGGUUAAGAACGCUUAUAUCGAUAAUCUGUCUGGAACGGAUGUCGCUACGAUCACUAUCAUGGCCAUCCAGAUGGCGAUGUACGUCAACUGGGUCACUGAGACCGUCCCGGGCAGCCAUCAUCCGUUGAACAAUGACUAUCCUUAUUUCACGGAGAAAACCUACGACAAGCCGAUAGAUUUCGUUGAGAACAUGUGA